CGAGUUUCUUUCACACCUCUCGCCGACCCAGCGUCCUCCAUCCCCUCGGGUACUCGAUCAACCAGCACCUCCACCUCGACAACCUUCACCUCCCCGUCUCCAUCCCAACGAACCAACCCCCAGCCCCAACGAAAGAAAGGAUGUGGCUGUUUUGAGCGAAGGGAAGCUCAGUUCAAGCAUCGCAGCGCAGCGCAUCACAUCACAUCACAUCCGAACCUACCUCACCACCUACCUUUAUAUAGCGCAGAGACGCCAAACCUAUGACCGACCUGCGCACCGCAAGCGCCCUCCCCUUCUUGACCUAAAACUUCACGACCUGCGCCUGUCCCAACCCCGGAGAAAAUCACACCAACCAUGGACCUUGCAAAUACCCUCAUCCGCACCGUGGCGCGCGCGUUCUACGAAACGCGCCAUAUCUUGGUCGUGGAUGCGCUGUUCAUCCACUCUGUUCUCCACGCCGAAGACCUCGCCUUUCUCCUAGGAAUGCAACAGAAAGAUCUCCGCAAGCUAUGCGCCAAGUUGCGCGAGGACCGCUUAAUUUCCGUAAGCACACGCGCCGAGAUCCGCGACGGGUCGACCCGGCCCGUUAAUCGCGAAUACUACUACAUCCCGCUGCACCCGGUGAUCGACGCGAUCAAGUUCAAAGUGUCGCGCCUAACAUCCACAAUCAAGGCGCAGUACACGCCCAGCGAAGAGCGCAAGGAGUAUGUGUGUCUGCGGUGCGGGGCGGAAUGGACGGAGCUGGACGUGCUGAGCCUGUACUCGGAGGAAGGAUUCGAGUGCCAGAACUGCGGGGCGAUCCUGGAGCGCACAGAGGACGUCAAAGGCACCGAGGGGAUUGACCGCACCGGCCACGAGAAGAACAGCAAGCUCAUGGCCCAGCUCGACGCCAUGCUAAAGCUACUCAAGCAGAUCGACUCCGUCGAGAUCCCGCCGAACGACUUCGACGCCGCCUGGGACCAUAAGGUCGAGGUGGUGCGCAACCAGGCGAUCAACCCGACGCGGACGGCGGUGGCCGUGCCGUCGAAGCAGGAGAUGGUGCGCGGGAACACCAAGACGGAUGCCGGCGCGCUGGAGAUCUCGUUGACGUCGACGGAGGAGAAGAGCGCCGCCGAGCAGGCCGAGGAGGUGGCGCGGAAGGCCGCCGUCGAGAAGCAGAACGCCCUGCCGGUGUGGCACACGCAUUCGACCGUGUCCACGGGCGCCGGGAACACCGGCGUGAAGAGCGAGGGCGGCGUGGAUAUCAAGCCCGAGAUCAAGGACGAGGAGGACGAGAAGCCCGCCGUCGACGCCCUGGACGAUAAGCUGGCCGCGUACUACGCCGAGAUGGAGCGCGAGCGGGCCCUGCAGGCGCAGGAGGAUGCCAGCAGCGCGGACGAGGACUCCGAUGAGUUCGACGAGUUCGAGGACGUGGGCGGUGUUUCGGCCAGCGAUGCCGCAUCUCCGGCCGUCGGGAACGGUGCGCCGACCAGUGCUCCGCCGACGUCGUCGGCCACGGGGAUCAAGCGUGAGCUUGAUGCGGAAUCGGGUACGAGUGGCGUGCAAACCUCGUCUGCCACCCCGUCCACUGGUGCCGUUGAUGAUGGCCCGGCCGCGAAAAAGAUCAAGGUGGAACCUGAGAUCAAGAAAGAGGAGUCGGAUGAAGAUGACGAGGAAGAAUUCGAGGAUGUCUGAUGGCAACCCACCAAGUUGUAAUUCAAGCCUCCCGGGUGAAUAUCUCAAAUCCGCAAUAUGGCGCUGGCGCCAAGGACUGAAUCUUGCAAUUAGAAAGAAGGGGAAAAGAAAGAGAAGGAAAAAAGAAAGAGAAGGAAAAAAGAAAGAGAAGGAACAGCCCAACUGGAUCUGGCAUUGAAUCAUGAAUAGACUUCUGGUUAUUCUUUGCUUUCAUCUGGCCUCUAAUGAGUCAAGCUCGCUCGGCCUAUCAACUCCGAUUUUGCAUUCAUCCUGUAUUAUAACUAUG